AUGGUUGAGAUAAUAAACGAAUCACAUAUUCGCAAGAAAUUGAUUUUACAAUUUAUUUAUCAUCCAAACGUAACAUCUAUCGAAACAUAUUUAAUAGUUUUUGAUUUAGAUAUUAUUCAAAUGUGUUUUAAUGAUGAAAAAGUGUUAUAUACAUGGACAUGUAUUCGGGCAUUAAAUACGGGAACAUUUAUUUGUUACAAUCUAACAAAUAAUUUAACAACAUUAGCACGUAGUGCAAUUCGCAUUAGUAAAUAUUAUCAAAAAAUUUUAAACUCUUAUAUCCUCACUAAUUCCAAAUCGACGAUCUUUUGUCUCUAA